AUGGCGAGCGAGGACGCCCCUGCCAUCUUUUUCGACGACGAGUACCGCAUCCGCGUGCUGGACCUGGAGCGCCUUUCCGCCUCCAAGUCGUUGCAGACGCACUGCGAAAAUUUCGUGGGCAGGGUGGACAGACUGCAGGAGCUGUCCAAUCGAUACCUGGCGGCUGUGGAGCAGCGGGCAGAGCGCAUCGAAGCCGAGAAGCUCGCAGCCAUCGGGCUGCGCAACCAGGCGGCCGCAGCAGAGGAGGAGGGCCGCAGGAGGGAGCUGGAGCUGAGGGGGCUGCUGGCGGAGAGGCAAGAGGAGCUGGAACGGCUGCAAGUGGAGGAGCAGUCGCUCUUGAAGCUGCGGCAGGAGCAGGAGCUCAUGGUUGCCAAGCUGUCGGACAGCAGCGUGGGCACAGGUGGUUAG